AUGCUUCUCAUCGAUCUCUCGGAGGACGUCAUGUUCGCCUUACGGAAGUUCUGCGGCACCUACGGCAACAAGACCAUGACCCAGCCUGCCCUCAAGAUGCUUCAGCCGAUACCACUCGUCCACUCUGCUCUAGCAGUCAAGGAGGAAGACAAGAUGUCUGCAGCACAGUGAAACCUGGCAGCGUCAAAGUGCAUGCAAGAGAUCGCGGAUCGUGGUUUUGUUAAGCUCAUCGAGUACGCCCUGAGCACCAUGGACGGGCCGCUGCAGAUGCCUCACAAGUGAAAGGACAUGGUCUACUACAUGAGCCUUGGUUCAGAUGCCUCACAAGUGAAAGGACAUGGUCUACUACAUGAGCCUUGGUUCAGGUGUGUAUCUAAUGUGGCUACAUCAAUUCGUGACACGUACCGAAGACUUAUGUUGUGUUGUGCUGGUCGUGUGAUGGCACGCCCGACCAUCAUGUGGAAUGUAGCAAAUAGUUGCCACGGCUUGAAUUUGAUGCAAACGUGUACCAGCGAUCC